AUGUCAACCUCUUCAGGCGCCAACAACACAAUCGAAGAUGAAAAAUUGGAGUCGCAGGUUCCGUUUCCACGUUGUACUCGCCGACCCCUUCCAUUUUCAACAUCAUUUGGGAGUGAGGGGGACUCCGAUGAUCCAUUAGAGGCAAUAGAUGAUGUCAGUACCAAGCUGGAUUAUAAUUCCAGACUGAUCAAUUCAUGGCACGAGAAAUGUGUUGAAGACGAGGCCAUUUUGGCUGAUCUUAACAUUAGAGUGAACAAAGCGUUCUCCCAAAAGAACAAGUACUUGAAGCUGAGUCAUAAAAGGAAGCUGAAAGCUGAGGAGUUGGAUGCAGUAAUGAAUGAUGAAAUUAAAGGUUGUUUGAUGAACCAUAUGCGAUGCGAAGAGCACCACAGUGAACUGGAGUUGGCAUUCAACGAAGGAUUCGAAAAAAUUCCGAGCAUUCGCGGCAACAACUCAUACAAGUUAUAA